AUGCCGUCCCCGCUGCCGCCCACGCGGGUGCCGCUGGCGGAGCGGGUCCCGGUGCUGCUGUCGUGCUCGCUGUCCUGCGCGGGCUCCGCGCUCCUGCUCUGCUCCCAGGCGCUCUGGCCCGAGCUGCGGACGCGCCCGCGGCAGCUGCUGCUGCACCUGAGCCUGGCCGACCUGCUCUCCGCCCUCUCCUACUUCUACGGCGUGCUCAGGGACUUCCAGGGCACCUCGUGGGACUGCGUCCUGCAGGGAGCCCUGUCCACCUUCGCCAACACCAGCUCCUUCUUCUGGACCAUGGCCAUCGCGCUCUACCUGUACCUGAGCAUCGUCAGGGGCUCCCCCGCGGGCCGGGGCUUGCUCUGGGGCUUCCACGCCGUCAGCUGGGGUGUCCCCCUGGCCAUCACCGUGGCUGCCGUGGCCCUCAGGAAGAUCGGCUACGACGCCUCCAACGUCUCCGUGGGCUGGUGCUGGGUCAACCUGGACGCCGAGGACCGGCUGCUGUGGAUGCUGCUGGCAGGAAAGCUCUGGGAGAUCCUGGCCUACGUCACCCUGCCCGUGCUCUACCUCCUCAUCAGGAAGCACAUUAACAGGGCUCACGCUGCCCUCUCCGAGUACCGCCCCAUCCUGCCCGCAGCCCCGGCCCUGCGGCCCCGCGCCAGCCUGGCGGACAAGAAGCUCAUCCUCAUCCCCCUCAUCUUCAUCUUCCUCCGCAUCUGGAGCACGGUGCGCUUCGUGCUGACCCUGUGCGACUCCCCCGCCGUGCAGAACCCCGUCCUGGUCGUGCUGCAUGGCAUCGGGAACACGUUCCAAGGAGGAGCCAACUGCAUCCUGUUCGUGCUGUGCACCCGGGCGGUGCGGGCGCGCCUGCUGGCCCUGCUGUGCUGCAGCCCCUCUCGCCCCCAGACCCGCGGGGAUGGAGACAAGGACGGGGACAAGGACCUGGAUGUGCCAAAGCCGCUGCUGCCCAGCACCUGA